UAGGUUUGAAAAAAUGGCACCACCAAAUCUUUCUGUUAUCGACUUUUCGGUGAAAAAUAUAUAUAUAAAAGAAAUUGGUUUGAAGAUAACAUCGUAUUAGAAUCCUAGUUUUGAAAAAAUGGCACCACCAAAGCUUUCUGUUAUCGGCUUUUCGUUGAAAAACCUAAUCCCUAACUCAAGCUCAUGGAUCACAACGUGCAGCGAAGCUAUGCAUGCGCUUGAAGAACACGGGGCUUUCAUAGCCAAGUACGACGGUGUGCCUCAGGAACUUGACGACGCGAUUUUCCUUGCAUCACGAGACCUAUUUGAUCUUCCUACCGAUGUUAAACUCCUAAACACUACAGACACACCAUAUCAUGGUUACACUGGGCAAAUUCCCUCCAUGCCUCUUUUCGAAAGCUUAGGCAUUGAGAACGCAACAACUACAGGAGGAGUUGAAAAAAUCACAAAAGUCAUGUGGCCUUCUGGAAAUGAAAACUUUAGUAAAAGUGUUUUGAUGUUCUCCAAAGCUGUAGCAGAACUAUAUCAGAUAGUGAUGCGGAUGGUAGCGAAAAGCUAUGGAAUAGAAGAAAAUUGUGAGUCGCUCCUUGAGUCCUCAGUUCAUGUUCUUCGAUUCAUGAAGUACUUAUGCCCUCAGGGGGACGAGGGAAAUCCUCUAGGUGUUGUUCCUCACACUGAUAUUAGUUUCAUGACAAUUCUUCAUGAAAAACAAGUAAAGGGUCUGCAGAUAAAGACUAAGGAAGGACAGUGGAUCGAAGUUGAUCCUUCACCUUCAUCGUUCAUAGUCAUGGCAGGCGAUGUUUGCAUGGCAUGGACAAAUGGAAGAAUCGAAGCACCGUAUCACAGGGUUAUGAUGCAGGGAAAAGAAGAGCGAUAUUCGCUGGGGAUAUUUACUUUUAUUAGGGAUCUGAACAUACAGAUACCUCAAAAACUCAUUGAUGAAGACAACCCACCACGGUUUAAGGAAUUUGAUCACUACAAGUACAUCCAUUACCAUCGAUACACCAACGACGGGAAGAAAUCGGAGUGCCCCAUAGAAUCCUACUGUGGAAUUAAUUGAGGCUGUAAUUGUUCAAAAUAAAGGUGCCACCACAUGUUUGUUGGAUCAUAUGCAUGUCUCUUUCAAGUUGUUUCUCUAUUCAAAUAGUAUUUAUAGAAUAAAUACAUAUAAGUUGUGUAAACAUCUUCAAUAUAAAGGUGUCACAACUACGACAUAAGCUUUGAUUACCACCACUAGGUCAUGCUAAGUUUGUAAGCAUAUAAUGAUUAUAAAUGCAGGAAAAAUGCAAAUA